UUGGUCAGCUUCUACUCCGUGUUUAUUUCCGGAACUAAGUUGUUGUCAGUGUCAGACUUUCAGUAAGGACUGUCAAACCUCAAAUCUACAGCGCCGGAACGACAGGUGUGUCCUCAUCCACAGGAUGGCACAUUGGUUUCACCGAAACCCACUGAAGGCAACAGCGCCGGUUUCCUUUAAUUUUUAUGGAGUGGCAGGGAGCCCCGCUGCCAAUAAGAUAUGCAAUGACCUGAGGACAACCAGGGCGAGACUGCUGGAGAUGUUCACUGAUGUCACCUGCAACCCUGAGAUCAUGAAAAAUGCCACGGACGCAUACUUCUCCCUCCUCCAAGGAUUUAUCUUAUCCUUGGAUGGAACUACACAGGAGAACAAGAUGAGGUUCAUCCAGAACUUCAAGUGGACUGACACCUUACAAGGAAACACACCAAGUGCCCAGCAGGAUGCAGUCUUUGAACUGGUCUCCAUGGCCUUCAAUGUAGCCCUCUGGUACACCAAGUUUGCCUCGAGACUAGCCGGGAAAGAAAACGUAUCGGAGGCUGAAGCGAAAGAUGUUCACCGGAGCCUGAAAGUUGCUGCUGGUAUAUUCAAAACCCUCAAGGAGGCCCACAUCCCUCGACUCAUCACCCCGGCCGAAAAGGGCCGAGACCUGGAGCCCAGAGCCAUCGAUGCAUAUAUCAUCCAGUGCCAAGCAGAGGCGCAGGAAGUGACCAUUGCCAGAGCGAUUGAACUGAAGCACAACGCCACGCUCAUCGCAGCAUUGGCAUUCGAGACGGCAAACUUCUAUCAAAAAGCUGACCACACGUUGAACACCUUGGAGCCAGAGUGCAGUAGCAAAUGGAGGAAGUACUUUCAGCUGAAGCAGCACUUUUACAUGGCUUAUGCAUACUGCUAUCAUGGACAGACACUGCUGGCGAGUGACAAGUGUGGCGAGGCUAUAAGAUCUCUCCAGGAGGCGGAAAAGUGUUACUCCCGUGCCGAGGCGCUGUGUAAAGAGUAUCGUCAGACCAAAGGCCCCGGCACCACAGCCAAACCAUCAGAGCAGCUGUUCUUCCUCAAACUGGGCGGCCUGAUUAAAACCACACUGGACAAGUGCCAGAGAGAAAAUGGCUUCAUAUACUUCCACAAGGUCCCAGCGGAGCCGCCCCAGCUGGAGCUGAAGGCGAGCUACGGCCUGGCUGAGCCGGUCCCCUUCGAGCUGCCGCCGCUCAGCGAGCAGUGCACUGCUGAAGUCUACGCCACCUUCGACCUGACCAAGGGAGCCAAAAACGACAAGGCCAAGCCCAAGGAGGUGGAGGUGACACCCAUGAAGGAGCCAGAUCUGAAGCCUCAGAAGGACACAGGCUGUGUCCUCUCCUAAACCCUCCACGUUCCAUUUUCAGCCUUAUGCUUCAGUACCAUCUAUUGUAGAAAAAAAAUCCAUAUAUCUUUUUUGUGUAAACCUCAUCUUUUUUGGCAACAUGAAUCCAUGGUGUUUUACAUGUAUGCUGAAACGUGUAUUGUAUUUGGGUAUGACAGUCAUUGUCUUUGCAUUUAAGCCAGUGCCAGGCCUCCUCUUAGGCCUUUUAACAGCACACAGAUUAUCUUAAAGUAAACUUCAAACAUUUCAAAAGAUGCAAAGUUCUUUUAGGUCAUUGUUAGUAACUAGAAAAUGCGUUUCCUGCAGAAAAUGCGUGUGAAUGCUGAAAAGCUGUCACUACACUGAAUUGCUGGCUUAAAUGUGUUCGAAGAACUCCGAAUGUAUGAAAGAUGUGGAACAUUUUAAGGUUUGAAAUGCAUAUUGUAUUUGGGUGUGACCGUCUUUGCAUCUAAGCCAGAGCCAGGCCUCCUCUUAACAGCACACAGAUUCUCCUUAAGUAAACCUGAAACAUUUUUAAAGAUGAAAACUUUCAGUUUAUGGUUAGCAAUUACACGUCCGCUGAAAUGAUUCCUUUGGAAUAGGUUUUUACACAGGGUUAUUUCAAGUACGACCAUCAAUAAGCCUUAUUGGUGAAGUAGUCCUAUUAAUGGUGCCUUUGGCUGCAAUGUAACGCUGCUCACUGUGGCCUCCUACAGAAGUGUCUACAGGGUUUUAAAUGGUUUGGCACUGGAGUGCACUGGAGUGCUCUGGUCUGAAUUUAAAUGACCCAAAUAACAAAAAGGGGCCUAUAAAAACAUGCUGAACAUGGCCUCAGGAUAUGGAUCUAAACAAAAGAUGCAGUAGUAGCAUCUGACAAGAUUUUCAAAUUGAAUUCCCCUCCCCACACUACAUAGACCAAGAUGCAACCAUCCAGGAUAGAUAAUUGUAGGGAAUUCCGACAAUCGGCCUGUAUUCCAAAAAUCUUUUUAAUGCAUUUCAAGCUGCGAUUUGAUCCGAACGUCCUCAUAAAACACAUUAAUGAUAAUAAACAGAACUGAAAUGUAAAUCAAAGACGGACAGACAAAAUGAACUGCCCGUCUUCGCUGGUUUUGUUUGUUUUAGCUGUAGCCGUUUAACAAUCAAUACUUUAUUUACAUCACACGACGUAAUGUACUGUAGCUCUUUUUGUACAUGACAAGAUGUAGCUGUCUAUUUUUUUUUUUUACUUCAUUUGAGAAAAACUUUCUUACUGGAUGAGGCUGAAUCUUUCUUUAACAUGCUUAGGGAUUCUGGGAUGGAUCCCUGUUAAUAGUAGUUCUUAAUUUAUUUUGAUUAUAUAAUGAUAUUUUUAGUUGGCAAACACUGACCGUAUACAGUUCUAUGUUACUCCAAAUCACAUGUUUUUGGUGAUGUUGAUUUUUAUGUUUCUGUGGAUGCACCGGAACGCCCGCUGAUUACAUACAGUAAUGUGCUUACUCUUGUGAACUUGUCAGUCGCUGGAAGAGAGUGCUGUUGUCAAUAGUUGAGGCGAUAUACUGUACAUCUAUCGAGUGUUACCCCCUUCCUCAAAGACAAAGAUGAGCGUUAUCAGAUCGGGAGCUGGGAGUUCCUAAAAGUUAUUUUAUGUGCUGCUGACAGAAGUUGUCAAAACUCUACCGCUUUUGAAAAUAAAGUCACGUCGGUUAAAGCAGAA